AUGUCGGAGGGCGAGUGGCGGAUCUUGAGAUCUGAGGAGGAGGAGGAGGAGGAGGAGAGCGGCGGAUGGGAGGGCUCUAGAGACGGAGACGAAGCAGCAGCAGCAGCGGCAGCGGCGUCGACCGGAGGAGGAGUGGGCAGUUUAGAGGCGGGGCAGCACCAGGAGUUGUCGGAAGAGACUAUAAUGGGCGUGUCGAGUCUGCGGCUUUGGGAAUGGUUUUGGUUUAUGUAUACGGCGGCCGAUGAAGAAGAGCCGUUAUCUCCGGCGGCUGAGGCGGAGGAGUUGGGGGUGGUGGUGGUGGAGGUGGUGAUGGUGGUCUCGCGACAGCGGCGGCGUUUAGACAUGAAAAUGAGAUUAAACAAAUGGACUAGCGAUGUGUACGAGACAGAAUUGAAGGAUAUGAGGACACAGCAAAGAGGAAAGUGUCUCCAGCAGAGAAAUUUAAUUGGGAAAGUUAAAGGUGCUUGGUGGUGUUUGUUGAAUAUGUAA